UUUUUUAAUUAGUUCAGUUAGUUGUUAUGCAGAUGAUUAGACAUUUGUUGUGUAAAUUGUUAACGAAAGUGAUUCGGCGAGUUUAAUGUGAUUGUAAUGAUGGAUAACACUGAAAUCAAAAUUUUGGGUGCGCCCUGCGGCCGCCACGGGCCCUACACCUUCCACAAGGCCUUCUCGACGACCACGUUAGUUCGCACGAACGACGACGAAAGGACUAGUGCUGCCACCAAUGAGCCACAACAACAACAAAGUGUCAAUUUUAGUAAUAAUGUUGUUAAUAGUAAAGAAAUUUGCAAUGAUAGGACUUCGACAACGACAACGACAACGACGAAUAUUGUUGAUGAUGGUAGUGUAAAAGUUUCCGGUAGUAGUAGUGAUAGUUAUGUGUUUAGGAAACAGACAAGAGUGGUGGCCAUUAGUGAUUUUUGUGUCGUUCGGCCCUGGUCGGAUUCGGCCCUGUUGUGCGUCGCGGAGCUGCAACUUCUUUGGACGGAACACAGGAGUGCCGGAGUAGCAGGAGGCGACAGGACCCUCGCGAGUCUUCGCCUUUACGUGGAACCUGCGAGUGCGCCCGAGUUGAACUCGCUUGCGGUUUUCGGAGAGGUUAGUGGAAAUAUGAGUGCCGGAGUAGCAGGAGGCGACAGGACCCUCGCGAGUCUUCGCCUUUACGUGGAACCUGCGAGUGCGCCCGAGUUGAACUCGCUUGCGGUUUUCGGAGAGGAUGAGGUCCUAGCAAUAUCCGAAAAGGUAGUCCUCCGUCUCGAAGACUUAGUAACAUGGAUGACAGCAGCCGAAGAGGUUCCAUGGACCCGAGGCUUGCAAGCAGUGUGGUACCGUCACGGAUUGGGGGGCCAUCCUAGGUUAUUGUUAAAUAAUAAAGAUAACAACAAUGAAUGUAUCAGUAAAACUGAAAUCAAAGAGAACACUGAAAACGGUGGCGUCAUCUGUGAUCAGAAGAUGGAAGUCGACGAUAAAAUCGGUUUGGAUACCGGAUUGGAGUUUGCUUCAGUAAAGUCUGAGUUUCCCCGAGAUGACUUCGGGGUUGAUAUUGCCAAAAGAAACGAAUCGACCAGGUAUGUCGAGAAGAUUGACAGAAUGAGGAUUGAGAAUGAGUAUGUAAAGACCAAAUUGGAGGUUAUGUACGAGGUUAAGGACUUUAAGGAGUUCAACGGGAAGAGGAAUGUUAUGUUGUCGCAUUCCAAAUUGGAGUUGGCUGAUGUCGAUAAGGAGAAGGAGAAUCUGGCGGAGCCCCAAGAAACCUCAACAAACUCCACCGCCAGUUCCAGAGUAGUCGUCCUCUCUUAUUCGAGAUACUGCCGGCACCGAGCCUUAGCAAAACGCCUAGAACCUUCGAAAAAAUCCCAAUCCGAUGUCAAACUCGAAAAAGUUUGCACGAAAAUGGAGAACAUCAAAAUCGAAACGUCGUCGUCGGAUAGCACAAAUCUACAAAGCACUGCCAAACAAAUCACUAAUAGUCAAUUAAAAUUAAAACAAGAAGGUUCCGAUGAGGAUGGUGAUGAUAAAAGUAAAAUUGUUAAGACGGAAAGUGAGGAUGAUAAAAGUGUCGAGGAUGUUAAUAAGGCGUUGGCGGAAAGUUUGCUGAUGAGCCCGGAGAUGCAGGAUGCUCUGAUACAGGCACUGGGAGGAUACGUUGCUGAUGACAGGAAUACGAAGAUACUAUUUUGCAGGGAAACUUUCUCCUACCCAGAUUUGGAAACCCACGAAAUGCUCUGCAACCACCUAGCACCAAAAUUAAAGGGUCGUCCACGUGGCAGACGCAAAAAACAAAUCCUUCCAGUUUAUAAUUCGACGAAAAAAAGACAAUUGUUGUCCGUUAACAGUGACAAGAACAAGGGCCGAAAGGGCCAUCAAGACGAUGACGACGAGAGGAGGAUGUUACAAAUGUUGGCAGGGCUCUCGGACAGUGGCGGCGAAAUGAGUGGCCCUGAUGGUGCAGGGGAUAGUGAUGAUAUGGGGUCUGAGCAUAUGCCUUGUGCAGCCACUGUGGCUCGUAUGAGUACAGGGGGCGGCAGACGGGGUCUUCGGUGUAAUAGUCGUAAACCUGUCAAGAAUAAUGCAGUGAUAACGCCUACAGGUUCUCGGAAACGUAAACAAAGUGAUAACAGCUACAUCGACAACCUCAACAAUACAGACGAUGAGGACUCGAACAGUUCCGAAUUGAGUCCCGAGUUGGAGCAAAAGGCAAGAGAGAACUUUGAACAAAGACUGAGAGACUUCAAUCGAGAUGCCAUGAUGGACGGAUACAGCAACGAGAAACACAUUAAUUCCAGUGGCGGUCUUCAGGGGUCACCAACAAUACCACGGGUACUAAGAUGACUGCACUUAUGGGGG